GCGCGGUACCUCUUUGUGGCCCUUGUCUGCUUUCGGGUUGCCAGGGUUUAAGAGUCCCUCUGUAGUACUCAAUUAAAAGAAAUCCCAAUUAGACACAGGCACUGCUCUGCCUGGGCGUCGACUGGCCAUCCAGCAGAGCAUCCAUUCAUCCUUUCGUUGGCGCGUGAGCAUUUCUAAUCAAGCUAGCUGUCGUUAGCUGAGAGGCAGCGGGGAGCAGCGCUAGAGGGAGCUUGAAAAUGUCCGGCUACCAAGGAAAAAAGAACAUCCCACGAAUUACAAGCGACCGUCUCCUCAUCAAAGGAGCAAAGAUUGUGAAUGAUGAUCAGUCUUUCUUGGCUGAUAUAUACAUGGAGGAUGGAGUCAUCAAACAAAUAGGGGACAAUCUCAUCGUUCCGGGAGGUGUGAAGAUUAUCGAGGCUCAUGGAAGAAUGGUGAUGCCGGGGGGGAUUGAUGUGCACACCCGUUUCCAAAUGCCUGACAGAGGGAUGGUGGCGGCAGACGACUUCUACCAGGGCACUCGCGCCGCUCUGGCUGGGGGCACGACUAUGAUCAUUGACCACGCUGUGCCCGAGCCGGGCAUGAGCCUGGUGUCUGCUUUCAAGCAGUGGAGAGAGUGGGCUGACAGCAGGUCCUGCUGUGACUAUUCCCUGCAUGUGGACAUCACUGAGUGGAACAGUGGCACCCAAGAAGAGAUGGAAACUCUCGUGAAGGAUCAUGGUGUCAACUCUUUCCUGGUCUAUUUGGCUUAUAAGGAUAUUUUCCAACUUUCUGACUCUCAGAUGUACGAGGUUUUCAGUUUCAUCCGAGAUCUCGGAGCCAUCGCCCAGGUCCACGCUGAAAAUGGAGACAUAAUUGCAGAGGAGCAGAAGCGUAUAUUAGAGCUGGGGAUCACUGGUCCUGAAGGCCACGUGCUCAGCCGUCCUGAAGAGGUGGAGGCCGAAGCUGUGAAUCGUGCCGUCACUGUAGCCAACCAGACCAACUGUCCUCUCUACAUCACCAAGGUGAUGAGCAAAAGUGCUGCAGAUGUCAUCGCUCUUGCCAGAAAAAAGGGAGCUGUGGUUUAUGGAGAGCCCAUAUCUGCCAGUUUGGGGACAGACGGUACUCAUUACUGGAGUAAAAACUGGGCCAAGGCAGCAGCCUUUGUCACCUCGCCCCCUCUCAGUCCUGAUCCCACCACCCCUGAUUACCUCAACUCUCUGCUGUCAUGUGGGGAUUUGCAGGUGACUGGCAGUGCUCACUGCACUUUUAAGACUUCCCAGCGUGCCGUAGGCAAAGAUAACUUCACUAUGAUUCCUGAAGGCACCAACGGCACCGAGGAAAGGAUGUCUCUCGUCUGGGACAAAUGUGUGGUGACUGGAAAGAUGGAUGAAAACCAGUUUGUGGCAGUCACUAGUACAAACGCAGCCAAGAUCUUCAACCUGUACCCCCGCAAAGGCCGCAUCGCCGUCGGUUCUGAUGCUGACCUCGUGCUGUGGGACCCAGAUAUGACGAAGAUCAUCUCCGCUAAGAGCCACAACCUGGCUGUGGAGUACAACAUCUUUGAGGGGACAGAAGUGCGUGGAGGCCCCCUGGUGGUCAUCAGCCAGGGUAAGAUAGUGUUGGAAGAUGGCAACCUUCACACCACGGAGGGCUGUGGGCGCUACAUCAGCCGGAAAGCCUUCCCUGACCACGUGUACAAGAGGAUUAAAGCUCGUAGCAGGCUUACGGAGCUGCGAGGAGUCCCCAGGGGUCAGUACGAUGGGCCAGUGUGCGAUGUGCCCGUCACUCCAAAGGUGAUUUCUACAGUUUCCUCAGUGAAGACUUCCCCUGCUAAGCAGCAGCAGCAGCAUCAGCAAGUUAGCCAGCAGCCGGUGCGCAACCUCCACCAGUCUGGCUUCAGUCUGUCUGGUGCUCAGAUUGAUGAUAAUGUUCCUCGCCGCACCACCCAGCGCAUCGUGGCUCCUCCUGGCGGCAAAGCAAACAUCACCAGCCUCGGUUAAGUUGCGUCCUCCAGGCCAACGCAGAACCAGAGCCCACAUCUACCACUUCAUAUCACUCAUCACCCUCCACUCCGAGUACCCCACCACAUCCAUUUUUACUCACACCACGUCACCUGAUGCAAGAAACAUUCCCACUUUCCUACUUCAGUAUUUAGAACCCAUGAUUUUUUUUUUACCUUAGUUUGAUUAAAGAGAAGGAAAUGGAUUUAUGUAUCUUGUUGGUAAAUUCUGGCAUAAACGUCUAAACUCUGUUAGGUCUGAAUUUUAAAAAGAGAAACUUUUAUGACUGUUUUCUGUUUAUGUUACAGCUUUUUUUCUAUUGUUAUGCAGUUUUAACAUGAGUUUCUUCAGAUGAAAUUCAUUUGUUGAUAAUCCAGUAAAACCCACUUUUGUUAAUGCACAUUAUUUUAAUUUAUCUGAGAAAUGUCUAAAUCCUGCUUAGUAAAGAUCAGAUUGUAGAACAUGAUUUUGGACAUAUUUUCAGUUGAUUUUGAAGUUUUACAAUGUUGUUCUUUUUUGUGUUUUUUGUUGAGCUCAGCAGGUCACCAAGGUCUUCCUGCUGGUUAUUUGAAUCUAGUUUUUAAUUGAUGUUUUGUGUGUUGUGAAGUUAUCCCAAAACAGCCCUAAUUGCACUGAAAAAAAAUGGCGUUAAAAGGUUGAACCACUAAUUUGAUGUUUCCUUGAAAGUGUUAGGGGAGAAUGGUUGAACAAUUUUGUUUAGAUAAAACAAACCCUGUUUUUUCUGUUUCUUCUCUGUUUUUCCUUGUUUUUUUUCAAUCUUUUCCACUGUUCUUUACAUUUUUUUUACCUGCUUAACCCCCAUGUUUUCUCUGUUUUUUCACUGUUUUAU